AUGUUCAAGUAUACAAAGCAAAUGAAAGGGCGCAUGCGCGAUAUCGCAUCUGCACGGAAAAUGUUCGCGUAAUAGUUAUUUUACAGUGUUUUUUGAAUAAUUGGGCGAUUCAAACAAUUUCAACUAGUUCAUUAGUGAAUUUUAAACGGUAAAAAUGGGUGAAAGAUGUUGCAGACUUUGUGCUAAGGAAAAGGAAACAACAAUAAUGAUAUUUGGCGCAGAAGCUGCUUCAAUGCAACUCCAAAAUAAAAUGAACAAAUAUUUGUUAAUCGAGAUCGAGCGCGACGACAAUUUACCAAAAAGUAUUUGUAUCGAGUGUUGCAGACAAUUACAAAACGUAUGUGAAUUUAUAGAUUUGGCUAGGAAUGCACAAGAAACACUUCUAAAACUGAGCAUGGAAUUAUAUGACCGUACUGAUGAAGAUAUUUCAAUUUCACAAACAAAUCCGGACAUGACUAGAAUUAGCACAAAACAAAAUGUAGUAAUAGGAAAAAAAGACAGCACAGAAAUUACGUAUUUGAAUAGUGCUGACGGGGAAAAUGUAACCAUAACGAGACUAUAUUAUAACAAUCCCACCCUUAAAGUAGACGACGAAAACACAGAUGCACAGAAACCGUUUCCUUGCAAAUCAUGCCACAGAAAAUUCCUUUCAGAGAUAGCGCUUAAAAAUCAUAUGUGGUCCCAUUUAUCUCCUGGAGAAGCUGGCAAACCAUACACCUGCACAAUUUGCGACAAAGCUUUCGAAUUCAAAACUGAGUUCAUGACACAUAUUAAGCAACACAAUGGUACCCGUAAAUGCGCCAUGUGCAAGCGAUCAUUUAGGUCGGAGAAAAAUCUAAAUGCACACAUGACAAUUCAUUUCUCCAACAAAAAACUUUACACAUGUAACAAGUGUGGUCGAUCUUAUGCAACAAGAAGUACUUUUAGAAACCAUAAUAUAUCACACAGUAAUGAAAGACCACACCAUUGCACUAUGUGUAAGAAGAGUUUCAAGAGAUUUCAGGAACUGAGGUUCCACAUGAACAAACACACAGGGGCCAAGCCCUUUAAGUGUCCUGUCUGUAAUAAAGGCUUUGCCAGUUCUGGUAAUUGCUAUGCUCAUAAAUCUAGAAUGCAUCCAACUGCAACAGUACAAGAAAGUAGCAAAAACAGGAAGAAGCAAACUGAAGUUUCAGUAUUUUCUGAAUCUUUGUAUCUUAGACCCAUUGCACCGAAGGAAAAGACAGACAAAACUACAAAUGGUCCAUUUAAAUACCAAUGCCAGCUGUGCUCACAUACUUUUAAUAAAAAGGAUAAUUUCACAUACCAUAUGUAUAAACACACAGGAAUAAAACCAUUUCAUUGUAUCCAUUGCACAGAGAAGUUUGUAACUAGAAGAGGUCUUUAUCUACACUAUGAAAAAUAUCAUCCAGGCAAAGAUCGUCCUCUUGGCUUGUUUUCUAAAAAUGUUCAAUUAAAAUGAUGAAAAU